AUGUUGAAAGAAGAUUUGGUGUCGCUGGGAGGUGUGGUGUCGCUGGGAGGUGUGGUGUCGCUGGGAGGUGUGGUGUCGCUGGGAGUUGUGGUGUCGCUGGGAGGUGUGGUGUCGCUGGGAGGUGUGGUGUCGCUGGGAGGUGUGGUGUCGCUGGGAGGUGUGGUGUCGCUGGGAGGUGUGGUGUCGCUGGGAGGUGUGGUGUCGCUGGGAGGUGUGGUGUCGCUGGGAGGUGUGGUGUUGCUGGGAGGUGUGGUGUCGCUGGGAGGUGUGGUGUCGCUGGGAGGUGUGGUGUCGCUCGGAGGUGUGGUGUCGCUGGGAGGUGUGGUCUCUCUGGGAGAAGCUGUGGUGGGAGUAGGUGGGGUGUCGCUGGAAGGUGGGGUGUUUCUGGAAGGUGGGGUGUCGCUGGAAGGUGGGGUGUCGCUGGAAGGUGGGGUGUCGCUGGAAGGUGGGGUGUCGCUGGCAGGAGGUGUAGCGUAA